AUGAGCUGCUACUAUGGCAACUACUAUGGUGGGCUGGGCUAUGGCUAUGUUGGCCUAGGCUGUGGCUAUGGCUGCGGCUAUGGUGGCUGUGGCUGUGGCUAUGGUGGCUAUGGCUGUGGCUAUGGUGGCUGUGGCUGUGGCUAUGGUGGCUAUGGAUGUGGCUAUGGUGGCUAUGGUUAUGGAUGCUGCCGCCCACUCUGCUACAGAAGAUGCUGGUCCUAUGGCUUCUACUGA